AUGAAGGACCGCGUACGUCAACGGCUUGUCGUGUCUGCCGCGACAAGAAGGUCAAGUGUUCGGGCACAAGACCUUGUGUAUACUGCGUCAAGCGUAGUCUUGACUGCGUCUUCACGCGGCCGAACAAACGCAGACUCUAUUCGGUCACGUAAUCACAUACGGGAUCUCGAAGAGAAGGUGGCACGAUACGAGAAUACUAACAUCGACGGUACUGCAUAUCACAAUCUACUUUCUCCCAGACUUCCACCCACUGACUUUGCCCUUGACAAAGACCAGGUCCAAGGAGGCUCUGAACCACCUGCUUCCGCAAACAGCCCAUCAUCAUCUGAAGCUUCAGGACCAUCUCCAAUAUCGGUAAUCCAGGUGGAAGGAAAUGAUGUACAUCCUUCGCCAAUCCCUCCACAUCCUCAAACUCUUGCUCCUGAAGCAACGACCUCGAGCCCCAAGACCAACCUAACACCGCGAAGCCUUGCGCCGGCAACAUCUCUCUCUUCCAGCGAGACUUUCAGCUCCGAGAUUCGCACUCUCCUGGCCGAGCGGUCACGCCCCAAUCCACCUUUCGCGUCCAGUCAAGCACACAAUGCUACGCCAGGGCUCAGCCGUCACAGCCAACUGGGUUCUGACAAGAUCAAGCACUGGCCUACAGAGGAAGAUGCCUACAGCAUGUUGAGCAUUGUGGUUCUGAACGUGGGUAUAUCGCAGCACCUUUUCGAUGCGAGAGCAUUCUCAGACAAUCUUUCCUUGCUCUUCGACCAUGACACAGCAGAUGAUAAAGUUCCUGAGCUGUGGUAUGCCGAGUGUCUCCUCGUUUUCGCCAUCGGAAGACUUCUUCAGGCCAAGUGGGAUAACAGAUCCCAAUUGCCAGGGGAUGAGUUCUUCCAAGAAGCGAUUAAACGCCUGCCAGAUAUGAGCGAUUUGAGAAAGCAAGGGGUCCUUGCAAUCGAGCUCAUGGGGUUGUGCGCCCUCUACCUACAGAUUUCGGAUCGCAAAGAAGACGCCUAUCUCUACGCAAGCACCGCCCUCCGUUUGUCACUGAGCCUCUCUCUUCACAAGUCUGCAUCUCACCAAAAAAGUAAACGCUCCGAAGCAGUUCACCGAAACCGACUUUGGUGGUCCAUUUACAUGCAGGAGCGGAGACUUGCGGCUGCUGUUGGAUUUCCGGUGAGUAUUUUAGACAGAGCAAUCACAACAGCGCACCCAUCGGAUCAGAUCGGUUACCCAUCCGCUGCUGCUAUUGAAGUCAAUGUAAAACUGGCGCAAAUAACCGGCCGCAUUACUACAACCAUCUAUUCGCAAAACAAUGAGUCCGAGGGGACUUUCAUCAAAGAAGUACAGGACAUACUACACUCGCUACAUAAAAUCGAAAACGAAAUGCCUGCCGAGAUCUCCGGUGGAUCUCAUCCCACUGAGCUCUUGCUUAACGAUGCAUCCCUGUCUAGUUCUCAGUUGUCAGCAGCGAGGACAAUUGCAUCUCUCCAUUUGACGGUGAAUCAGAAUGUUAUGUAUGCUGUACGACCGAUCCUGUUAUACAUGGCUCACAGCAGCAGUGGAGGAAGUGACAUAUGCACAUCCAUGAGCCCCAAGCUCCGUCGACUUGCCGGUACAUGUGUUGAAGCGGCCCGGAAGAGCUUGGUCAUUCUCCAUGGAUUGCGUAAACGGGACAUAAUCGCCAGACAUGCGUUCCUUGAUCUAGACUGUCUUUUCUCUACCGGUUUCACUUUUGCUCUCGCUGUCAUAAUCAACUCGGAUAAAGUACAUGCGGGUGAAGGCAUAGAGACUGUUCGAGGCAUCCUUAUGCAUCUCUCAAAUUUAGGGAAUCAGGCAGCAACAAAGCGUUUGACAGAGAUUGAUCAGAUGUGUGCCAGCCUUGGUCUGGAAACCGAAACGCCAAACACCCACAUUGGAGAGCCGCAAGCACUCAUGCAGCCAUUCUCGCUCAGCUCAGCAAGCCAGUCUGCAUUGAGACAACCACAAGGCCAGACGGCUAUUACUCAGAACGCGAUUAAUGGGAAUGAAUUCGGUGGGGAAGACACGGCAAUGGCUGGCGUAGACGAUCUCAGCGACAUCAUGCUCGAAGGAGAAGACGACUUGUACUGGAUAUAUCACAAUACAUCACUUUCACUAACUGGUGUAGAGCAACUAGAUUGGGAAAAUCUGGACUUUCAAACUGUUUAG